AUGAGUCCGGGACGUUCAGCAGAAAUGUCGCACAUUGUGGAGUUCAACAGCCACAUCCAAUCUUAUUUCAUCAGCAGCACUUAUGGCAAUGAAACGCUUGUGAACCGGUGCUUGGAGCACCUGGCAGCAGCUAGCCUGGAAAGCAAGAUCUUUGAUGUGUCCGUGUAUGAAUGUAACAUUUUCUUCGUUAAUUUGCAUAAACUUUUAAGCCAUAGCGUGAAGAAAACAAAUCUUCUCUGGUCAGCGGUAGCGGUGCUUGAGCUUGCGGUGAAUGACGAUGACACACGUUCUGCGCUGGUGGACAAGUUCCGUUUCCUGCCGGUUGUUUCGCUUCUACUGUUGGAAGUGCACACGCCGGAACAGCAGAAGCGUGCUCUUUCUCUGUUGCACCACCUCUCCUACGGUGCCACGAUUGAUGGACAGGAAAUGUUUAUAGAACGGUUAAUCCAGAAGCUGCUUACCCUCAUUGAACAGAACCACGAAAAGAAGGAACGCUGCGAGAUGGCACAGCUGGCAUUGUCAAUACUGGUCAAUCUGUGUCAUCGCGAUCUCUCGACGACGUUUGUAUUGACUAGAAACACGAACAUUUCUGGGUUCUGCAAACAGAUUAAAAAGUUCGGUCUGCUCGCGUGCAAAAUGUACAUCAUACUGGAGCAAAACGACUAUGUCAAGGAGAUUGAUUUACACUAUCUUCUGCGUAUGAGCUUCGAGGAAGUUCGAUUAAUGCUAGCAUCGAAGAACAGUUUCAGCUUGAGGCAUGUGGUCGACUUUCUGCGCUACGUACGAACGCUAAGCGGUUCGCGUGAGUCGGAACCGGCAAAAGCGGCGGUAACGGACGAAUACUUCCAGCGAGAUUUGAAAGAAUUUUUGCUUGAAAUUGAAAAGUAUUGGGAGAAUGGCACACCAUCGCCAGAAGUUGAAGCGCCUGGACGGAGGAAAAAGACAAAGCAAAAAGGCGAACUAAGGAAGGACCGUACGAAAGAUGGAUUGUUUGAAAUUUUGGAAUGCAUUGUUCUGCUUAAACCGGAUGAUGAGGAGCUCUACAAGAAGAUUUUUGACAUCGGUCCCAUCAAACUAAUCAACAACGCACGGGACGAUUGUUCGAAAGCGGUCGAUCUGUUGCGCACGAUACUGGAAAAGAAACCCAAGGAAACAGCCUUCGCCGAGCAGUGUAAAACAGUGCUCACACCCUUAAUGAACACGAUUACAAACAUUGACGAUGAGCGACUUGUAAUUGCAUUUACAAAGCUGUUGACGACGAUCGGAAAGACACUGAAUACGAUCGACGAUCCAAUGAAUGAGAUAGCGGAACAAUUAUUUCAGCAUCUUUUUGGCAACGUCUUGAGCAAUGCACGUGAUUGUGCCAUGUUCAACUAUUCUCUAACUGACGGUCAAGUUCGGGUGUAUUUGUGGGCCUUGCACACGUUUAAUGAGCUGGCCAACAUUUGCCCUACGCACUGGUACGCUAAAAUAACGAACCUACUCAAACAGAAACCGAUCCAAUUUCUUUUUGCCAAGGGUUUGACCGGAGGCAGCGAUGUGGAGUUGCUGGAAGCGUUACUACAAGUAGCAACCUCAACCGACUUUCCCAAGCACGAUGUGGCCCAGAUGAUCGAUAUGUUGAAAAGCAAUGUACUAGCGUUAGGAGGAAACGAUGCAAGAACUCCAUUUUCACCAGCGAACGGCAAUGUGCACAACAUUCAACCACCGACGGGAUACACCUAUGUACGGGCGCUUAGUAGGGACUUGCAGGAACGGAUUGACCAGGCCGUGGUUCAUAUACAGGACGCUAAAGCUGCUGGGCUGAUAAACGAAGUAGAAAAAUCAGAGCUUGUCGAAUUCUACACGUACAAGAUCAAUAUGCAGACGAGCUUGAUGAACGAUUUGAGAAACAGUUUAGAAGCUACAACGGCACAGAUCACGACCCUCACGCACCAGAAUCAGCUGCUAAUGGCUGAGAUUGACAAGAAUCAGAAGAAAAGUCUUCCUCUCUUGUUGAAGGAGUCAGCGUUAGAAAAUGAGAACCGUCUUCUGGAGCAGGAGCUGGUGCAGAUGAGAUCGGCUGCCGCAACGUACGAUAAGAAAAUGAGCCAGAUGAAGCAAGAGCUGGCAGAGUACAUUAAAAAGUACGGUGAAAAGAAUCAAAAAUGUGCAGCACUGGUGAAGGAGAUCGAGCACUUGCGCGCACGUGACGACAAUUAUGAGAAGGAAAACAAGCGUCUUCAGCUGGAGUUGGCGGCUAUGACUAAAAAUCGAGACGAUGCACGGAAAUUGCUAAAGCUCGGAGAAGAAGACCGACAGAAGCUUACCGAACAGCGGGAAGCGGAGCGAAAACAGUACGAGUGUAAAAUUCGCGAACGGGAACGAGACAUCUCCAAGCGCAACGAUCUUGUCCAGCAGCUGGAGCAAACGCUUGUGCAGCGGGAUAGUACUAUCGAAACGCUCGAAGCGGACGGUAAGAAUUUGAAGGAGAAGCUAAAGGAUCGGGAAGAACGCAUCGCGCAGGUCGAAGCAGAGUUGAAGGAAAAUGAAAAAAUUCAACAAGCAAUUUACAGUUUGAUGAACAAGAACAAAAAAUAA